ACGAAGAAGAAGAAGACGGAGGAGGAAUGGAAACGUGAAGCUGAUCCGCUGCGCGAGCUCUUAUUGAUCCGAUGGAAGGUGAGUCUGGUGACAUCACGGCAUCAUCAUCAAACAGGAAGUGCUCUGCGGUCACAGGAAGUGCCAGAAAGACCAAAGACAACGCGGCCGACUGGCACAACCUGAUGCUGAAGUGGGAGCGACUGAAUGACGACGGGUUCAGGGCCGCAACGAGCAUCGUAAACCUGAGACGCUCUCAGAGCGACCGACUGCUGGUGGACGAGUCUUCAUCAUCUUCAUCGCCUUCAUUGUCUUCAGCAGCAGCAGCGGCGCAGCAGGUGGCUGCAGCUGCAGAGCUGCAGGAUGAAUGCGUCAAACUGCAGGAGGUCGUCGACAAAAUGGUUGCCGUGGUGACGAAGAUGGGGCGUCUGAUGACAUCGCAGCGAGGCAUUCGGGACCUGGAGGAGUUUCAGUUUGGACCUGAAGGCAGAAAGGUUCCUCUGUUCCACAGCUGGACCUCCAAACAGCUGGAGGACUCGUGUCACUUCCUGUUCGCCGCCUUCAGUCAGGAGCUGCGCCUCAAGCAGACCAUCCUGCAGGAAGUCGCCCACGCUGCCACCCCUGACCUUGGCCUCGUCUACCUGUCCUGCUGGUUGCACCAGCCCUUCAUCCCCCCCAACAGCCGGCUGACGCUGGAGGCUCUGCUGCUGGAGACCGGACACCGGCCGCUCUGAUCCACCUGAGUGGCCUCAGCACACCUAGUUCACGGAUCGGCUGCAGGAAGCUUCAGCCACAAGGACUCACUGUGCACUUACAGAAGACUGUUUCAUGAAUAACAGACUUUGUAGUAAUGCAGCUAGUUGUUGUAUUCUUUCCUUUGUAAAUAUUCACUGAAAAUACAAAUAUCUGCCUCCGCGUCCAUCAGAAGCUACAGACAUCAGCUCAGCAGACUCAGGUUUUUACUAAAAUAAUGAUCAUUUGCUGAAGAAGCUGCAGGUAAAAACAACCAGUGGAGUUUAAGGCCAGAGUCGGAAGACAGAAAGACAUCAGAGGACAGUUUGAAUGUAGAUGGAGUAGGUGGAGGACAGAAAGAUGUCAGAAGACAGUUGUAGUAUAGAAGCAGUGUUCUGGAUGACAGAAAGAUGUCAUCGGACAGUCUCAGUGUGGACAGUCUGAGCUGGAAGACAAAAAAAAAUAAAAAAUCAGACAAUAGUUUCAGCUCAGACAGAAAGACGUCCGAGGACAGUUUUAGUAUGAAUGCAGUGAGCUGAAGGACAAAUGAUGUCAGAGGACAAGCUUGGCGUUGAUAGAAAGACAUCAGAAUACAGUCUGACUUUGGACGAACAGAGCUGCAAGACGUAAAGAUGUCAGAGGACAAAAGGAAUGUGGACAAGAUGACCUUACAGGACAGUUUUGCUGUGGACAGAGGUGUCAAGACAGUUUUGUGUCUUCUUGUGGACAGAUAUAUCAAAGGACAGUCGUAGUGUGGACAGAAGGAGCUGGGGGACAGAAAUACAAUCAAGGACAGCUGGAGUUUAGACAGAAAGACACGUAGACAGCUUGUGUUUGGACAGACUGAUCCGAAAGACAUGAAAAUGUUAAAAGGCAGUCUCAGUGUGGACAAAGUGAGCUAAAGGACUAAAAGACAGUUAUGGUGCAGACAGAAAGACAUUUAAGGACAGUAUUAGGGUGGAUAAAGUGAGUUUAAGGACAAAAACGUGUCAGAAGAAUAUUUUAAAUUUGGACAGACGCAGCUGGAAGACAGAAAGACUUUAGAGGACAGUAAAAAGAUGUUACAGGACAAGUUUUGCUGUGGACAGAGGUGUCAAGACAGUUUUGUGUCUUCUUGUGGACAGAUAUAUCAAAGGACAGUCGUAGUGUGGACAGAAGGAGCUGGAGGACAGAAACACGUUCAAGGACAGCUGGAGUUUAGACAGAAAGACAUGAAGACAGCUUAUGUUUGGACAGACUGAUCCGAAAGACAUGAAAAUAUUAGAAUACAGUCUCAGUGUGGACAAAGUGAGCAAAAGGACAAAAAGACAUCAGAGAACAGUUUCAGUUGGACAGACAGAUGUCAGAGGACAGUGUUAGUGUGGACAAAGACAGUUUGAGUGUUAAUGGAGUGAGUUGUGGGACAGAAAGAGGUCACAGGACAGAGAGAAUGUGGACAAAAAGACAACAGUUUUGGUGUAAUCAAAGAUGUCAGAAGACAGUUUUAGUCAGGAUGCAGUAAGCUGGAGGACAGAAAGACACCAGAAGACAAUAUUGGUGUAGACAGAAAGACAUUGAACAGAUGUUUUAGUUUGGACAGAAAGACAUCGGAGGACAACAUGAAUGUGGACGAAAAAAUGUUAAAGGACAGUUUCGGUGUGGAGAGACGGCAGCUAAAGGACAGAAAGACAUCGGAACAGUCUUGUUGUGGACAGAACGAGCAGCAGGACUCAGUUUGUCACAUCAGUUUAUUGGAGGAACAAUGAAACGUGUUUAAUUCAUUCUGCACUCGAACAUCAACAUGACAAAUUAAUGAGUCUGGUUCCCUCCAAACUGUUCUCAGUCCGUCCUCACGCCGGUUCUCCAAACGUUCUGUUCAUGUCUGGACAACGUGUGAAGUUUUAUAAAAAGUAAUAAAAUAGUGCAACUUC